AUAUAUAUAUUUGGAUUGGAUAUACAAAUUAUAUACAUAGACUCGAUAAGGAUAUUCCGUCGUGGCACAGAACAGGAAAAUGCCAACCAUAACCGAGGAUUGCAUCGAUGGCUUUCAACAGUAUUAUUCGCGGCCGCCGGAGAUGCCCAAGAAGAAAUCCAUCAAGCAGAUGAUCUACGACGACGAGGAGAACUCGUACUUUGGCAGGACUAUCGAGAGCUGGGCUAAGAUCGGCAUAUUCUAUAUAAUUUUCUAUGGCGUGCUCGCCGCCUUGGUGGCCAUAUGCAUGUGGGCCUUCUUUCUAACUCUGGAUCCGCGCAUACCCAAAUGGAAAUUGGAAAGCUCCAUCAUUGGCACAAAUCCAGGUCUUGGCUUUCGUCCACUGCCGCCCGUUGACAAUGUGGAGAGCACUUUGAUCUGGUACAAGGGCACUCAGUAUGAGAACUACAAGCAUUGGACGGAUUCUCUUGAUGAAUUUCUGGAGGUGUACAAGGUCCCUGGCUUGACACCAGGACGUGGCCAGAACAUCUACAAUUGCGACUACAAUCAGCCCCCACCGAGAGGUCAGGUGUGCGAUGUGGACAUCAAAGCCUGGGCGCCCUGCACCAAGGAGAACAACUACAGCUACCACAAGAGCUCGCCGUGCAUUUUCCUCAAGUUGAACAAAAUCUACGACUGGAGGCCAGAUUUCUACAACAACUCACAGACCCUGCCCGCAGAUAUGCCCAGCAGUCUGAAGAACCACAUAUCUGAAUUGGAGAAGACAGAUCCAAUCAAGCUAAACACGAUUUGGGUAUCCUGUGAGGGUGAGAAUCCUGCUGAUCAGGAGAAUAUUGGCGUUGUCAAAUACUAUCCAAUUCGCGGCUUUCCCGGCUAUUUCUAUCCCUAUCAAAACUCCGAGGGCUAUCUAAGCCCCCUUGUCGCAGUUCACUUUGAGCGCCCCAAGAGUGGCAUCAUCAUCAAUGUCGAGUGCAAGGCCUGGGCACGCAACAUCAAGCAUGAUCGCAAGGACAGAAUUGGAUCGGUUCACUACGAGCUAUUGAUUGACUAAUUGGCUCGAUGAACUAUAUAUAUAUAUAUACAUAUAUAUAGCAAGUAAUAGACGUUCGCUUGUCUAAUGUAGGAGGAAAGACAACAACAACAAAAAAGAACACCAAAACGAAGUUUUUUCCUAAGAAAUCAUAAAACAACAAAGAAAAGUAUAUUCUACCACAACAAAUUACACCGAAAUGAAAAUUAAAGUUAAACAGAGUUAAAUAUAACAGUAAACAUUUUUGGAUACAAGACCAUUUUUGAAUGUAGCUUCUUCUUAUACAAUAUAAAUAAAAAAUAAAACAAA